CAAAAGAGGGGGUUAAUUAUUUUCUCAGAAAAGUCGUCGUCAUUCAAAUUCUCUUGAAACAUUGAUUUUGUGUAGAAAAAAUGCAGGAAUUUUAUUCACAAAAGUGAUAUCUACAGCUGAAUAAAGGGGUCGUGGUCGCUGCACUCUCUUCAUUUCUUCUUUCAAUUGGGAUUUGUUUGGGGGUUGUGUAUAUGAUCUGCAACAAAUCCUAAUUUGGAAGAAAGAAAAUAAAAAUUCUAUCUAUUAUUGUUUGUGUUGUUUAAAGAAUUCAUUCAUUCCUGCUUAGGAGGAUUCUGAGUUUUUAUAUUUACAUGAUUUUGGCGGUUCUGGUAUGGGGAAGCAGAAAGAACAAAAGAAAAAACAGUUUGGUUCAAGUAGGAAGCAGAAAAGAAAAUGCGACAAUGAGAGCCCGAGAGGGUACGAUAAGGAUACGGUGGCCUUCAUAUCAUUGUCUCAGGAGCUGAGGGAGGAAGGCAACAGAUUAUUCCAAAGAAGGGAUUACGAGGUGGCGAUGUUAAUGUACGAGAAGGCCAUUAAAUUGCUGCCGGGAAACCACAUAGACGUGCCCUACUUGCGGAGCAACAUGGCGGCGUGUUAUAUGCAGAUGGGGAGCAGCGAGUACCCUAAGGCGGUUUACGAAUGCAAUUUGGCCCUAGAGGUUAAUCCCAACUACACCAAGGCGCUUCUGAAGAGGGCCAGGUGUUAUGAGGCUCUGAGUCGCCUUGAUUUGGCUCUCAGAGAUGCCAAGAGAGUUAUGCAGAUGGAGAAGAAUAAUUUCAUGGCGGCGGAAAUUGCGGAGAGGGUGAAGGCAACCAUUGAUCAGAACGGCGGCGCGGCUAACAUUCCGGUGGAUUUGAUUCCCGUGCCGGAGUACGUAGAGCCGCCUAUUUUGUCCAAUUCUUUCAAGGCAAAAGAUACGGCGUCGUCGGUGGGGAAGAAGAAGAAGAAAAGACAAAAGAAGAACAUCGAAGAAGAGGAAGAAGAAGAAGAAGAUGAUGAUGAAGAAAAUGGCAAAGGUCCAUCUGAUAUUGUGGCUUCCCGGGCUGCGAAAAAGAGAGAAAAGAAGGCUAAAAAGAAGAAAAAUGGCAAUGGGCGAGGGAAAGCUACUGACGAGGACGACGAUGAAAAUAAAUUUGAGACGAAGAAGAAGAGAGUUGUUCCCAAUAUAAAUGGAGGGAUUCAGGGAAAGAAGAAGAAGAAGAAGGAUAGUGACAUCAGCAGCGGUGAUGAGGAAGAAGAAGAAGAAGCAAAGUGCGAGGAAAGCAUGGCGACUAGUGUUGAAAACAACCGAUUUGAUAUUCUGAGUGAUAGUGGUAAGGACAAGGACGAGGAGGAAAAGGAAGAGGAGGAGGAGGAUGAGAAGGAAGAGGAUGAGGAAAAGAUGGCUACGAAGAAGAAUAAGAAGAAGGUUCCCGAUGACAAUGAAGUUUGUGAGAAGAAAAAAAAAGUGGAAAAGAAGAAAUGUGAAGAGGAGGAGGAAGAAAAGAAGGCUAAGAAGAAAAAUAAGAAGAAGGUUCCCAAUGGCGAGGAAGAGGAGGAGGAAAAGAAGGCUAAGAAGAGGAAUAAGAAGAAGGCUCCGAGUGGCAAGGAUGAGAAGGAUGACGAGGAGGAGGAGGACGGGGACGAGGACGAGGAAAAGAAAGCUAAGAAGAAGAAUAAGAAGAAAAAAAUGGAAAAGAAGAAAUGUGAGGAGGAGGAGGAGGAGGAAGACGAGGGGGAGGAGGAUGAGGAAAAGAAAGCUAAGAAGAAGAAUAAGAAGAAGGUUCCCAAUGGCAAUGAAGUUUGUGAGAAUAAGAAAAAAGUGGAAAAGAAGAAAUGCGAGGAGGAGAGAAAGGCUGAAGAUAAAUUGGUGGUUGGGGAAAUAAUGAUUGACACAGAAGCAACUGUUGUUGCUGCUGCUGCUGUAGAGCCCAGAAGAACAGUGAAACUCAUAUUUGGAGAUGACAUAAGAUUUGCCCAAGUUCCCACCAACUGCACCGUCUUGAAACUCAGGGAGAUCAUAUGCGACCGCUUCCCAAACUGUAAAUCCAUCCUAAUUAAAUACAAGGACCAAGAAGGCGACAUGGUCACAAUGACCACAAAUGAGGAGUUUAAGUGGGCUCAAUCCUCAGUUGCCCAUGGUUUCAUCAGACUCCAUAUUGUAGAUGUUAACCCAGACCAAGACCCUCUCCUCCAGAAGAUCCUACAAGAGGAAGAAGAGGAAGAAGAGCAAGAAAAUGAAGUGGAAGAAUAUGAGAAACAAACUGCAGAAAUUGAGAGCCCAGGAACAAGAAGAAGAGAAAGCGACCAGCUGGGGAGUACAUCUUGUAUUAUUGAUGAUUGGACCAUUCAUUUUGCUUAUUUGUUCAAGAGCUACGUUGGGUUCGAGUCGGAUUGUUAUUUGGAUUUGCAUGAUGUUGGUGUGAAGCUAUACUCGGAGGCGAUGGAAGAAACUGUGACCAGUGAAGAAGCUCAAGACAUUUUCACCACAUCUGAAGAAAAGUUUCAAGAGCUAGCUGCUCUGUCCCUCUUUAACUGGGGGAAUGUUCAGAUGUCCAAGGCAAGGAGAAGGGCUUUCACAGAUGAAUAUACCGUGGGAGAUUCAGAAUCCAUGAUGUCACAGAUAACAGAUGCCUUUACUUCAGUGCAAAAGGAAUACAUAAUGGCUGGGAAAAGAUUUGAAGAAGCACUGAAGAUCAAACCGAAUUUUUACGAAGCCAUUAUUGCUCUGGGACAGCUCCAGUUCGAGCAGGCGAAACUCUCUUGGCAAUACGCGAUUAGCACUGAGACAGAUCUCGAGUCGUGGCCUUCUUCAGAAGUUCUUCAGCUUUACAGCAAUGCGAGCAGGAAUAUGGAGAGGGGUAUAAAGAUGUGGGAAGAGGCAUUGGUGCAACAUCUAAUUCAAGUGGCUAAUAAUCAAAACGGGGGAACUCAUGGCCUGUUGCAACAAAUGAAGCUAGGGAAUUUGUUUUCAGAGGUAUCUGCAGAGGAAACUGCAGAGCAGGCUUCUAAUAUUAGGUCUCAGGUGAAUCUUCUGUGGGGUACUAUGUUGUAUGAAAGAUCAGUUGUGGAGUUCAAACUGGGAGUUCCUAACUGGGAACAGUGCUUGGGUGCUGCUUCUCAUAAAUUUGAACUUGCUGGAGCAUCUCAAGAAGAUAUUGCUGUUAUGGUAAAGAACCAUUGUUCCAACUCAUUAGAAGGGUACAAUGUUGAUGAGACAGAACAAGCAUGGAAUGAGAUGUAUGAAGCAAUUAGGUGGCAAAUGGAGAUUCCUGCUUUACAUUUGGAGCCAUUGAUUCGGCAACGAGUUUCCAGAUUACAGCAUCCAUUUGACAAUAAUAAUGCAUGAUGAGUACGUGCGGUGUUGUUACUAUAUAGAAACAAAAGGAAUGGAAGCACUGCAUACUGCUGCACACCCACCAUUCUGCUUCUUUGUUUGUUUAUUAGGUCUUCGUGAUGCUUAAUUUAUCACACUGUAUUUGACUCUUACGAGCUGCUCCAAAUUCUUUAGGACUGACCUUUUUUUUUUUUUUUUUCUCAUUACUCAGCAAACUUACAUUUUGCAUUGUCUCACUUUUGUGGGUGA